AUGUAUGUUUUGGAUUCUCCUGAUUUGGAUGAGGAGGACGCCGGUGUUACCCAUGAGUCCAUGGCGGUGUCUUUGGGGCAGGAGGCCCUGGAGGUCCGUCUCGCGGGAGCCUCGUUGGUGGUGGGGUCGCCGGAGGUGCUAGGCAGGCGUCAGGGGCAGGUGGCCCCUGACCCUCUAGUACCGACGGCGGUCCUGCAGGUGGAGCGCACGGCUGCCACGGCGUCGGCUGGGGGGGUCGGACUAGGGCAGGAGGCCCUGGUGCCAACUCCGUCAGGCAUCUCCACAUCUCCUACGCGGUCCCCCUCUCCCAGACCUACUCCGGGAGCCGCUACUCGGGAGGAGGUGAUCGCGUUCGGAGGGAUCCGAGACCCUGCUUCCGAGGGGAGGCGGACGAGCUCUCGUCUCCAGGACCUUCCGGAGGUUGAUGAUUUGCAGCAGAGGUGCGCUAUGCGGGCGGCCAAGCUGCGUGAUGUGGAGAGCACAACAGGUUAUCUUCCGAGCAACGGCUCUUAUCCGUUCCUGGUCGCUACUCACUCCGACGGAGGCCAGGGAGCUUUUGGUUACUGCUGCUAUCCGAUGGGAGAUGGUAGCUCGGGAUAUAUUCAGCCGGUUUGGAUGGCGGUCGUGUAACAGGAUAGGCAAUUAGUUUACCUGUCUAUUUUGGAGCCAAACGGCUGUGAUGUAUAAGUGCUUUGGCUAGCUUGUGUAUCUAGCCUUCGGGCUCUGUGUGAGCCUUUUCUUACUUUUCUUGUUGACAACCUUGAGACUUGGAGACUUUGUGGACUAUUUUAUGCUUAAUAAGAUGGCCGUAUGCAUCAUGCUGAUGCAGAGGCCGGGGAAGCCCCCCUUUUCGAAAAAAAAAA